AUGCGCAGCGCCGCUCUUUCAUCGCUGUCGCAAACACUGCUUCUCCUCCUAGCUUCUUCGGUUCCUACUGUCAUCGCCGGCGGCACCGUAUGGGCGACCCCCCAUGACAGCUACUCGUCGUCUGUGGGCGUGCUCGGCUGCAAGAUCAACACCGAUCGCGUCGCCUACUGGCCCGGCUCGGUGGACUGCAACAACCUCUGUAUAUCCCUCAGCUACGACGAUGGCACCGACAAGCGCACCGUGAAGCUCCUCCGCAUCGACCAGUCCCAGGGCGCCUACGACAUCAGUUACGACGCCUGGAACUACCUCUACACCGGCAAGUCAGCCAAGAAGGCGCCCGUUGCUGGCGGCCCGCUCCCCAUGGAGUACAAGGAGCUGCCCGCCGACGAAUGUAAGGAGUUACUCAAGACCAAGAACAAGAAGCUCGCCCUCAGCGCGUCCAACAGCAUGAACUUCCUCGCCAGCUGCCUCGACCAGCCGAACAGCUGGGUAGCUAAGAACUUUGCGCUCUACAACAUGCUCGACUCGAUAUGUGCCUGGGGAUAUGAUGAGGAGUGCGAGUUGGACUGGCCGACGGCGAAUCAGCCUACAUGCAAGCACUCGCUGGGCAUGCCGGUUGAGUUGAAGGAUGCGCCGGUCUAUAACGUCCAGUACCCUUCCGGGGACGUAGUCGUUGCGUCCACCGGCGAAGAGGUCUCGUCUCCUGGCGACAGCACCAGCAUAGCUGCGCCUACACCGACCCAUAACGGUGCACCCGGACGCGGGAUGAUGAUGCUGUUGAUGGUUGGGUCUCUGAUGUGGACAUGUCUGAUGCUAGGUUCAUGCUGA